ACCCACCUCCAUCAUUCGGCUCCAUCUACAGCAAUCCUCUGUUUCAUAGUUUCCACAUUCGGUCACUGCGAUUCCCUCAAACCAGACCUGACAAUUCUUUCUCAAUAUACUCUGAAGCUUUUCACAUGGGUGUAGACAUUGUUGAAGGUUCUCCUAUAAUGGACAAGUCUCCGCUGAUUACUGUGAAGCAAGGAGAGCCAACCCUGGUUCGUCCUGCUGAAGACACACCAAAGGGUCUAUACUUCCUCUCAAAUCUCGACCAAAACAUUGCAGUCAUUGUUCGCACCAUUUACUGCUUUAAGUCGGAUGAGAAAGUGAAUGAAAACGCUGCUGAAGUGAUCAAGGAUGCACUGAGAAAGGUUCUUGUUCAUUACUAUCCACUUGCUGGUCGGUUAACUAUCAGCUCGGAGCAUAAACUGAUUGUGGACUGCACCGGGGAAGGGACUGUGUUCGUGGAAGCUGAAGCUGAGUGUAAGAUGGAGCAUAUUGGAGACAUAACAAAGCCUGAUCCCCAGACUCUUGAGAAGUUGGUUUAUGACAUUCCUGGUGCAACAAACAUAUUGGAGAUGCCACCUCUUGUAGCUCAGGUGACUAAGUUCCAAUGUGGAGGAUUCGUGCUUGGACUGUGCAUGAACCAUUGCAUGUUUGAUGGCAUUGCCGCCAUGGAAUUUGUCAACUCAUGGGGUCAAACAGCCCGAGGUUUGCCGCUCACUGUGCCUCCGUUCUCCGACAGAACUAUUCUUAAAGCCCGAAACCCGCCUGAGAUAAAGCAUCUUCAUCAGGAAUUUGCUGAGAUAGAGGACAAGUCCAGUACUGGUGAACUCUACAAUGAUGAAAUGCUUUACAGAUCUUUCUGUUUCGAGCCUGAGAAGCUAGAGAAACUGAAGAAACAUGCCAUGGAGGACUGUGUUCUCGAUAAAUGUACCACUUUCCAAGCGCUUUCAGCAUUCGUGUGGAGGGCUCGGACCAAGGCACUAAACUUGCUGCCUGAGCAACAAACCAAGCUUCUCUUCGCCGUCGAUGGCAGGUCCAAAUUCAAUCCAUCUCUUCCAAAGGGCUACUUCGGCAAUGGCAUUGUGUUGACAAACUCCAUAUGCGAAGCAGGCGAGCUAUUGGAGAAACCAUUUUCACACGCCGUGGGUCUAAUUCAGGAAGCAAUCAAGAUGGUUACGGAUGGUUACAUGAGAUCCGCCAUAGACUACUUCGAGGUAACCCGAGCUAGGCCAUCUUUGUCAUCAACCCUGCUGAUCACUACAUGGUCUAGGCUAUCUUUCCACACUACAGAUUUCGGAUGGGGAGAGCCUGUUCUGUCGGGACCAGUUGCAUUGCCGGAGAAGGAAGUAAUCUUGUUCCUAUCUCAUGGCAAAGAGAGGAAAAGCAUCAAUGUUCUUCUGGGGUUGCCUCCUUCUGCCAUGAAAGUCUUCCGAGAAGAGAUGGUGGUUUAGAUAAGUAUUUGCAGAAUAUUCAGCCUUACAUAUCACUUUCCCAUUUCAACUCUCUGUGAUAUAUUGCCACUGUCGUCCCUACACAUGCAGCAUCAAUACAGUAAAGGAGUAUCAAAGGUGAAAAAUUGUGCUGUGUGCAGGAAGGUUCUUUGUUUUUUCCUUUCACAUCAAUUUGAACUUAUUACCCACAAGUUAUGCGUGUAUUUGUUUUAAGACGUUAAUGUGAUGUAUGUCUUAUAUUUCAUUCUUUAUAAGUCAAAAAUAAU